AUGUCACUAUUAACAAGAAGUUUUGUCAGAUGUCUGGUUCAGGCUUCAUCACGCAACAUCCACUCAACUGCUGCAUUAGCUAGUCCCACAAAACCAGAAGGACGAACAACAUGCACUUUGAUUCCUGGAGAUGGUGUUGGUCCAGAAUUGAUUUAUUCGGUACAAGAAGUAUUCAAAGCUGCUGAUGUUCCAGUCGAUUUUGAACCAUUCUUCCUAUCUGAAGUAAAUCCUGCAUUAAGUUCUCCUCUUGAAAGUGUUGUUGCAUCUAUCAAAAAGAACAGAAUUUGCUUAAAGGGAAUUUUGGCAACACCCGAUUACAGCAAUACUGGUGAACUUCAAACACUGAACAUGAAACUUCGUCAUGAACUUGAUUUAUAUGCGAAUGUUGUGCAUGUAGUGAGUUUACCUGGUGUAAAAACUCGUCAUCAAGGCAUUGAUGCUGUUGUUAUUCGUGAGCAAACUGAGGGAGAAUAUUCAGCACAGGAACAUGAGUCAGUUCCAGGCGUGAUUGAGUGCUUAAAAAUUGUAACCGAAGCAAAAUCAAUGCGCAUUGCCAAGUUCGCAUUUGAUUAUGCUGUCAAGCACAACCGUAAGAAGGUUACUGCCAUCCACAAAGCCAACAUCAUGAAGUUGGGAGAUGGAUUGUUCCUUAGGAGCUGCGAGGCAAUGGCCAAGCUCUAUCCUAGAAUUAAAUUCGAAAAAAUGAUUGUAGAUAAUGCUACAAUGCAGCUUGUCUCAAAUCCACAUCAAUUUGAUGUUAUGGUUGCACCGAAUCUCUAUGGUAAUAUUAUUGACAAUAUCUCAUCUGGACUUGUCGGUGGUGCUGGAGUUGUUGCUGGUGCUAGUUAUUCAGCUGAACAUGUUGUUUAUGAACCUGGUGCACGCCAUACAUUCGCUGAAGCUGUAGGCAAAAAUAUUGCCAAUCCAACUGCAAUGUUAUUAUGCGCUUCAAAGAUGCUUCGUCAUAUUAACUUACUCCACUAUAGUACACAAAUUUAUAGUGCCAUCAAUAAUGUCUUAAAGGCUGGAAAAGUGCGCACAAAGGAUCUUGGUGGAAAUGCAACAACAAAUGAAUUUACACGAGCUGUAAUCAUGAACUUGAAGUAA